AUGGGGCUUCAUGGGAUUUGGCUUCGUGGGAAUGGAAGAUUUCAGCUUCAAAGGGAGAGUGGGGGAAGACUUCAGCAUGUGCAUGGCGAAGACAAAGGGGAAAGGAGAUUUGGCUUAUCUGUGCUUGGAGAAGAUGAAGGGAAAAGGGCAUUUGACUUUUCUGAUUCCAUUAUGUGUUCUGUAAGAAGAGUUGUAGAGGUGCUGAAUGAAGUCGGCAGGUCAUGUCGAACCUCCGGGGUUCACUCGCUAAUUGAAAUGCUCAACAGUUUGGGUUCCUUUGAAAUGGCCAAGUUUGUGAUGGAAAUUAUUGAGAGGAAAACCGGUUAUUACAACAUUUUGAUUAAGGAGAAGUGUCAGAGACGUGAUUUCGAAGGAGCCAAGGGAAUACUUGAUGAGAUGAGGCAAAUGGGUUGUGAUCCAAUUGUCAACACUUACAACUACCUACUUAGUAGUUUAUGUAGGAGUGACAAAACAGAUGAAACUUGUCAACUACUUGAAGAAAUGCAAGAAAGGAAUUGUCUUCCAAAUCCAUUAACCUUUGAGAUUUUCAUUUAUCACUCGUGUAGACUUGGGAAGUUUGAUCUCGCAAUCGAGUUUCUUGAUAGGAUGAUUUCAAAUGGUCUUGAUAGUAGAAACUGUUAA